UCUACGACUCGACCAGAAACCUUUGCACGUCAGAGCAAUGACUUCCGGCGGAAGGUAAAGCCGGUUCCGAGUUCUGGCCUAAAGAAGGCAUGGAGUGGACACCCACGGCUGUAUAAAGAUUGCUGAACUGAGAAAGGCCACUUCUUGCUCAAUGGAUGAUGGCAUUUGAGCAGAUACCAAGAAAGGAUUGGUACAGCAUUCUGGGCGCACACCCAUCUGCAAGUGUGUCAGACUUGAAACAAAAGUAUCAAAAACUCAUUUUAAUGUACCAUCCAGACAAACAAAGUGCAGAUGUGCCAGCAGGAACAGUGGAGGAAUGCAUACAGAAGUUCAUCGAAAUUGAUCAGGCAUGGAAGAUUCUAGGGAAUGAAGAGACAAAAAAAGAGUAUGACCUGCAGCGGCAUGAAGAUGAGCUAAGAAAUAUUGGACCGGUAGAUGCACGAGUAUAUCUUGAAGAAAUGUCCUGGAAUAAAGAUGAUCACUCUUUUUCUCUGAGCUGCCGAUGUGGUGGAAAAUACAGUAUUUCCAAGGAUGAAGUGGAAGAAGUUAACCUGAUUUCUUGUGAUACAUGUUCACUGAUUGUAGAACUCCUUCAUUAUAGCUGAAGUUAUUCACUACUUGGAAUCCUUUAACCAUGUAUUCAGACAUGUUGAGGAGAGUCCAUUUGAACUAACAUAUGAAGCUCAAAUAAGUACAUUUCUCUUCAUUGUCAUCUCUGUUAUUUGUUGAGAAAAUAUAAGAUUGUUAAGCAGAGGCCACCUCAGAUUAAUAGAAAAUUAAUUUAGUUAUAUUUAUUUAUAAUUUAUACUCACCGAUUGUCCCCCAAAAUAUGAAUUAGAAAUUAAAUUUAGUCAAUUCCUGUUUAAGAACUUUUAUUAUUGGUUUGUUUUCUCCUUGGUACAAAAUAAGAGUUUUCUUUUUCCUCCUGUUUAAAUGGGUAACAGUGUCAUACUCGUUUACCGAAAAAGCAGAUGAUGUUUCUAGCUGCUUAUAGGUCUAUCCUACAUCUAUCUUAAAUUCUAGGGUUGUUGGAAUUAAAUUAGAAUCUUUGUAAAUAACAUACGAACCUAAUAUGGAUAUUCAUAAGGUUAUUUCAAAGUUAAUAAAGAAGACAGAGUGCCAACAACAGAGAAAAGUAUGCCUUUAGAGGCAGAAGUUUCAACUCCAUUCCUGGCCCUAUAUUUUCAAAUCAUAUGGCUAUACUGAAAAGAAGGAUUCCUGGUGGCACAACAGUUAAGCACUUGGCUGCUAACUGAAAGGUUGGUGGUUCAAACCCACCCAAUGGCUCUGCAGGAGAAAGACCUGGCAAUCUGCUCCCAUAAAGAUUACAGACUUCAAGAGCCUGUGGAGUUACUAUGAGUUGAAAUUGAUUCGAUGGCACCUAACAACAACGGUAACAUACUGAGGCAUGGAAUAAGCUCUUGAACACUGCCAUGUUCAAUUUCAGAAUGUAAUUUUUAAAAAAAUAAUAAAAAAUUUGAAAUGGGUACAC